UAUAUAUAUGUGGGCAUGCUAAACUGGGCAUUUUAGAAAGCAAAGGGAAGGAAAAGCAGAAAGAAAGAAUAACCUAAAACGGAUGAUCCCAAAUUAAGUAUUGUUUGGGUUAUUUAGAGGAAAUAUUUCUGGAUUUUGAAGCUCUCUGGGUUUGUGUGUGUUUUCUUUUUUGGGUUAUAUACAUAUAUAUAUAUAGAGAGAGAGAUGGGGAGGGGUAGGGUUGAGUUGAAGAGGAUAGAGAACAAGAUCAACAGGCAAGUGACUUUCUCCAAAAGAAGAGUUGGAUUGCUUAAGAAGGCGCAUGAGAUCUCUGUGUUAUGUGAUGCUGAGGUUGCCUUGAUUGUCUUCUCUCACAAAGGGAAGCUCUUUGAGUACUCCACUGAUUCCAGCAUGGAGAAGAUACUGGAGCAAUAUGAGCGAUACUCUUAUGCAGAGAGGCAGCUGGUCGCCGGUGAACCUGAUCAUUCACAGAUUAAUUGGUCAGUGGAGCACAACAGACUUAAGGCUAGGAUUGAACUUCUACAGAAAAGCCAUAGGCAUUAUAUGGGGGAAAAUCUGGAUGUGUUGAGUAUGAAGGAGCUUCAAAAUCUAGAGCAACAAAUAGACACUGCCCUCAAACAGAUUCGAUCAAGAAGAAAUCAGAUCAUGCAUGAGUCGAUCACUGACCUUCAGAGACAGGAGAAGGCAAUUCAGGAUCAAAACAGCUUGCUAGCUAAGCAGAUCAAGGAGAGGGAGAAGGCUGCAAUGACACAACAGAUACAGUGGGAGCAGCAAAACCAUGGCCACAAUCCAUCGUCCUUCCUUCCACCACAACCACUACGUCCCUGUCUAAACAUGGGUGGUUUAUACCAGGAACAAGUGCCAGAAGUGAGAAGGAAUGAGCUUGACCUCACACUUGAACCAAUCUACAUGGGCUGCUUUCCAGCUUGAGUUGCAGGUCGACGUGUAGAACUUUAUGAGUGGGGCAUAAAAAAAUAGUGAAAGUAAAGAGACUUUUGAGUUUGAUGUCAUGUCCCAUGAUUCCAUUUUCUCUUACACCAUCUGUUAUUCUGGUGUAUAUAUAUAUAUAUAUGCAUUUAUCUAAUCUUGAUGUUGUAAACGAUACAGUAUUAUUCAUCUAUUAUCUUGGAUGAUGAUCCCACAUUAUUA